UCGACACUCUUCAAACCUUGUACACUCACAUACACAAUGGACUCCACAACGCAAACCCAGCCCCUCGCGGACCGCGACACCAACACCCACCUCGCCAACACCAACACCGACAAGUCAGACAUGAAGGCCGAUCUCUCAUCAAUGGAGUGUCACCGCCAGACACUGCAGGGGAAGCUUGACAACGACGAGAAGCAACCCACCGCCUAUGUGUCUCCGUCCGACGAGCUCAUGAGCCCAUGUACCAAGAAGCUGAGCGAUAUCAAGGGCAAGCGGUUUAAGAAUGCCGGCAAGCCCCAGUCGCUGUUCGCGAAGCUCGGCAAGAAGAGCUACGAGCAAUCAUCCGCAGAGAAGAGCCGAGCAACCGAGUAGGUCGUGCUCUGCUCCUGUUAAUCGCCUUGUUUGCCUUUUCGCUUCUCGCUCGCGUGUCU